AGUGGCCGGCGGGGCUGCGGCGGUUGCGGCGUUGCGGGCGCCGCAUGGGGCGCGGGCUGCGCUGCGCAUGGAGCCGCUGCGCAAUGGCGGCGGGUGCGGGGCCGUGCGGGGAGCGGACAGCGGAGCCUCGCAGCGCUGGAGCGGCGGCAGCGCGGCGGGGACGGAGCUCCGCGAACGGGGCGGGCCCGGCAGCCGCCAGCGCCGGGACUCGGUGCGCAAGAGCCGCCCGCUUUUUCCUUGGUUCGGCUUGGAUAUUGGAGGAACCUUGGUCAAAUUGGUUUAUUUUGAACCAAAAGACAUCACCGCUGAAGAAGAGGUGGAAGAAGUGGAAAACCUCAAAAGCAUCCGCAAAUACCUGACCUCAAACGUAGCCUAUGGAUCUACAGGCAUUCGAGAUGUGCACCUUGAACUAAAGGACCUUACCAUGUGUGGACGUAAAGGCAAUCUGCACUUUAUACGCUUUCCUACUCAUGACAUGCCUGCUUUUAUUCAAAUGGGAAGCGAAAAAGAGUUCACAAGCCUCCAUACUACCUUAUGUGCCACGGGAGGUGGAGCGUACAAAUUUGAGCAGGACUUUCGCACAAUGGGUGACCUUCAGCUUCGUAAGCUCGAUGAGCUCGAUUGCCUUAUUAAAGGAGUUCUUUACAUUGAUUCAGUUGGAUUCAAUGGACAUUCAGAAUGCUACUAUUUUGAAAACCCGACGGAUGCUGAAAGAUGUCAGAAGCUCCCGUUCAACCUGGAGAAUCCGUAUCCUCUCCUGUUGGUGAACAUUGGCUCAGGGGUCAGCAUUUUGGCCGUGUAUUCAAAAGAGAACUAUAAACGGGUGACGGGCACGAGCCUUGGAGGGGGAACCUUUUAUGGUCUCUGCUGUCUUCUUACUGGUUGCUCCACCUUCGAAGAGGCCCUUGAGAUGGCGUCUCAUGGAGACAGUACCAAAGUGGACAAGCUAGUGCGCGACAUUUACGGAGGAGACUACGAGCGAUUCGGAUUGCCCGGCUGGGCUGUAGCGUCCAGCUUUGGAAACAUGAUGAGCAAGGAGAAGCGGGAAUCUGUGAGCAAAGAAGACCUCGCGAAGGCUACUCUGAUAACCAUCACAAAUAACAUUGGCUCCAUAGCACGGAUGUGUGCGCUCAAUGAGAACAUCAAUCGAGUGGUGUUUGUCGGCAAUUUCCUUAGGAUCAAUACAAUCUCGAUGAGGCUUCUGGCCUACGCUUUGGACUACUGGUCGAAGGGACAGUUAAAAGCACUUUUCUUGGAGCAUGAGGGUUAUUUUGGUGCAGUUGGAGCUCUCCUGGAACUCCUGGAUUCAGCCUGAUUCUGUACAUUGAACCUGUGAAGUCCACGGCACUUUCUGGGUCCUGCAGCUCACGCUUCUCUUCAGAGCAUCCCUCGCUGACUGCCUGACUAGUGUGGGUGGCCAAGUUGGGAAGGAGAGGACUGUUGUGUUUCUGCCCGUAGCAGCUGAUCCUCAAUUGCAACACAGGUUUGUUUGAAAGCAGUUUGUAUGCAGGCACGUUGAUGGCAGCCAGCGGUUCUGUCUGGAGCAUCCGCAAGGCAUUCACGGCUCUGGUUUGUCACCUGUGUGGUGGUGGCAUCAUAAAGGACUUGCACUCCAUUCCCUCCAUCGCGAUCCCUUCGAGUGUUGAUUGUCUCAAAGCUCAGCUGCAGCGUUUUGUAUCCGCAAAGGAAAGGUAUCACAUUUCCAGUGCUGUCUGUAAAGGAGGAGGAACAUCAGCACAGCCUUGGUGGGUAGAAACCAAUCGGAAAGCUUCUCUCUCUGAACUGUACCGUGGGCUCUCGGACACCACUGUGCUGGCAGCGAGGUUUUGUUUCUGUUACUGCAGUUUCUUAGCUAUACGUACAUAUUGUUAGAGGCAAAAGGUGAAGCACAGGUCCUCAAGUGCCCUAGAUCUGCUCAGGCUGAUCCUGGUUUCAGCCUCCUGUACAGAGCACGGGAAUCUUUUGGAGUAUGCGUAGUGUCAGGAGAGUCUCCUGGCCUCCAAGCCUGAGAUCUGCUAACACCAAGUUUAAGAAGAAACUGUAUUGGGUUUCUUUGUUUUUUUCUCUGUUGUAAAACUUGGCUGUGUAUAACCGUACCAAAGAGAUUCCUUCUGUCAGGCACUUGGCAUCUCCUCUGUAAUGUUCUGUUUUAUGUUUAUUAAUUGCUAAACGAGCAGUUCCUGGAGAAAUGUCUCCGUUUUCUUCUGCAAGCUGGGUGGCUGCAGCCUGGAGCCCCGAAGGAUCUCAGGAUGUGGAUUUUGAGGUGGCUUCCUGCACGCUGAAGGAAUGAUCUCAAACCUACCGAGGUGCUGGCAGCAGAGGGCAGCCCAAAAGAGAGAAGCAGCGCUCAGGCGGGCUGUAACCUGAGCUUCUUUCCUGCUCUUUGCAGUUCUUCCCAGGUUGGAUUGUGCGUGAUGACAGGAAUCUUCACCGCAAGGGUGUCCGUGUUCCCUGUGUCUUGCUGCCACUGCCAUUUUUUUCCAGGCAAGGAGCAUGAAGCUGCUUUUCUGAAGAGCCACCGCACCUUCUCUUGAUGCUGUGAGCCAAGUGGAGAUGGCAGUUCCGAGUGUUCCCUGCCAUGCGGUGCUCUGGCUGUCCGGCUGAGUGGCUGUGUUCCAUAUGGACGCUGUCCUUCCGUGUGCGGUGAAGGAGCCUGGUGGAAGUGCAGAUCAUUCUGGUGGGUACAUGCUGGGCUCUGCUUGCUGCCGCCACCUGAGAUCUGAAUCCUCAUGGGGUGCUCCACAGCUCGCUGGGUUCUUGGCGUGGUACCUGCCUCUCUUUGGGGCCUGAAAAGGGAAGAAAACACCAAUUCCAAAGAUGAAAUCUGCUAGAUCAGCUCCUGUGUGGCAUUUCUCUUGGAGCCCAUCUUGUCCUCUCCGUGGGUUCCAGACAGGCACAGCGUAAAGGAAGGCGUUUCCUAAACUGUGGGCCCAGAACUUCCUGAUUUCAUCCAGCAACUUGACAACGACAAUGAAAUGGAACCACGUGGAAGGGAAUCCAUGCUGCAUGCUGUCUGCAGAAGAUGAUGUCCAUGCUUUCCUGCCAGUCCAAGUGAGGCCGUAUCCCGCUCUGCGUUCCGGGUAAUGAGUGUCUUGUAGAGCUGAGGGCUGCAAGCAGGAUAACACAGGAUCCUGGCCAGGUUUGAGGUGGAAAGGGACCUUCAGAGGUUUCCUAGCCCAGCCCCUGGCCAUGGGCAGGGGUGUCCCAACCUGUUUGGGAUCUGUUGGAUCCUCAUUUAUUUGUCAUUCUUGUAUUAAAACGCCUCUGCAUUCGCAUUUCUGAUCGUAGCUUUGCUGGAGCUGACGUGGCUCUGCCACACAACCCACUGCUGUUUCAGUCCUGGCCCCCAGCCCAAACUUCUUCGGUGGAGAAGGAAACAUUCUUCGGCUCUUGGCAGCAUCCAGGUGCUUGGCUCCUGGUUGUCCUGUGCCCACGAUGCCCUGGGCUGGCGUUUGAUCCACCUGAGGCUUUGGCACAGCCCAUGGCACUGCGAGAUGGCACCUCUGGGAUGUUGAGGCUACCCAGAAUUCUUGUCCUACAUAGGAGGCUUUUUAUGGCCUUUGGGAACUGAAGGCUGAGGGAAGGAGGAAGCUAUGUUGGAAUGAAGAAGGAAGUUUUGAGGAGCCGAGGAACAGAACCGUGAAGCCUCCGGCAGCCUGCGAGGAGUCCCUGCCCUGCGUCCCUGGGAGCUGCAUCUCCUCUGCUUUCUUCGUGUUCAUUUUUGGCUCUGCAGCACCUCUUUCUGUGAAUUUUAGGUGGAUCCCGCCUGGUCUGAUGUCCAACACCAAAGUUCCCCCAUGUAUUGUGUGUGGAUGUUUUUGUAAGUUCCAUUUUUUUUCUUCUUGGAAUAAAUUCUCCCAGUUAUUUUUA